AUGUCGUUUCAGCAGAAGCAGCAAGUGCGGACGGACCUGCUGCAACACCCUGGACAGUUGGAGCAGAUGAACUGGGACACGGAUGGCAGUAUCCUCAAAUCAGUCGCGGAGCACCUGCGCGAGAAGCGGGUGGAGAACCGCAGGUUGAAGGCCAAAAACAAAAAGGCGAAGGCCAAGAAUGAUGGGGAGGAUGUAGAUGUGCCUGAGACUGCCAAUACCCUGAAGCAGCUCAAGUCUGAAACAGGCGAAGCCUUAUGGGAUUUUGAAGCUGCCGACGAGUUCUCCGACGAUCAGGAGGAGGAUACGGAGGAGAAGCAUCGCGAGCUUGUUGUGCCUGACGGCAAUCAGGUCUUGGCUCCCGAGGAAGGAGCGGAAACCGACAGUGAUGACGAUGCCCACAUGUUGAGCAAGCACGGGCAUGACCUGCAGGUACUGCUGGAUAGGCAGAAGGAUCCGGAGGACCAAGACGAGGACUCACAGGAUGACCCCUCGGCAAGUGCCGCGCUUCGACAAAAAUCGCAGCUCCACACAAAAGCGAGCAGUGCGAAGGCAAAGCCGAAGACGAAGAGAAAGGCUUGA